GAUGUAUUCUUUGUGAUGUCCUUCUCUGACAAAGGCUUAUAAGUCUUAAUUGAGCACAUAACCCAAUAAACCAAACCAGUAAACAGAACUUUAAACGUACAGAAAUAAGCCUAUUAUUUACCGAACUGCGCGAUUGCAAUAUCGAAAGCCGCGAGUCACAAAAAUGACUUAAAUUCGUUGUUUAUUAUUUUCUUUUUUCAUUAUUUUCGCUUUCAAAUUUGUUAAUUUUCUUUGUCUAAAAAGUUCGUAAUGGAAAUUAUUGACGAAACAUGCGCAGUUACGGAGCAAUCUCCUGUAAUUAUCAAAAAGGAGAAAGAUGGAAAUUCAUCUUCAAGAAAUUUAGAUGUUAAAGCAAAUGAAGACGUUUCAGAUUCUGAUCAAUCAAUUACUUGGGAGGUUGUUGAGAAAAAGAUUGAAUGCAUAGACUUGAUAUCUGAUGAAGAAAAAGGAGAAGAUGAAGGGAAAUCUCUAAAAAAAGAUAUCUUGCAUGAGAAUGUACAAAUUAAGGAAUCUUCAUUUCCACUACCGACUACAGCACCUGCCACAACUGUCUCCUCGAAAUCUUCCUCAUGCAGUUCUCUUAGUGAAAAACAGACAUUAGACAAUUUUAUGACAAAUAUUAGGAUUAGCUAUGACGUUGAAUUUUUGAAGGAGUUGCAAAAUUCUCCACUUGCUCAAACUGAUCCAAAGAAUUUGCCAAUUAUUCCUAGCUUUACUAGUCGUAAGAAGCGAAAGAAAAGAUCCAAUAUCAAACAUAUUGUGGAGAAUACUGAAAAGAAGCUGCCACCAAAAAGUAAUGUGGUCUGUGAAUUAUGUGGAGCACUAUUAGGUUCAAAGAAAGCUCGACGUUCACAUAACAGAAUGCACAAUAAAGAAAAACAAAAGCUUAAACAGUUAAAAGAAUGUACUGCCAAUGAAAAAUCCAGUUUACUAAACAUAUCAAGUAAUUUGCAUAAUUCAUCUGUGGAUAGUAACUCCCAUUCUCGCAUCCAAACUAGUUUAAAUGUAAAUUUAAAAAGUGAUGAAAAAUCCAGUUUACUAAACAUAUCAAGUAAUUUGCAUAAUUCAUCUGUGGAUAGUAACUCCCAUUCUCGCAUCCAAACUAGUUUAAAUGUAAAUUUAAAAAGUGACCCUUCUAAAAAAGAAACUCCAGCUACUAGACUUCGUUUUUGUGAAGUAUGUCAAGCCAGUUUUAAAAAUAGAAAACAAUUAAAUAGUCAUCUCUACAUUACUGGUCACUGUAAACAAUCUUAUAAAUUGUUUGAUAAAGAACGUGAAGUGGAAAAAUUUCAUAGUCGGGUGAGACAGUAUCCUAGUGAUCCACCAUUAAUUCAACCUUUUGUAUCUGUUCCCCUUUACAAUAUGUUGGAUAGUAAUUUUGUAGGCGAUCCUCGCGACUAUAGGCUUCUUGGAGAUCAUUUCAGAAGUAGUCAAUUGGAUAAUCGGGUAACUGAUCGUUUUGGUUUAUUACAUAAUCCACAUCAUAUUGGUCCAUUAGGUAGUUCACGUAAUAAACACUAUGCUGAUUCAUUUAAUUAUCAUUCAAGAAAUCUUGUUUCACAUUCAAAUAAACCACCGACAGGCACCAACCAACGAGAGUCUCAUGUAACAAAUAAAGGUAGAAUUCAUAAAUGUUUAGUUUGUUCAGAGAUGUUUAGUGAUAAAAAACAAUUUCUUAAUCAUAAAAAAGUUCAUAAAAAAGAAAAGAAAGAAAAUCAACAAAAAAAGAAGGAAAUGGAACAAUUUUUUAGUGGAAAAUGUAGGGAGGAGAUCAUGGAAAGGCAUAUUGCUAAAUUUAUUUCGAAUAUCAGACGCCAAGUUGAACAUCAUAAGUUAGAUGUUUCCCUGGAUAAUUUCAUGGCAUCUAAGAAAUUGAAAUUGUCUUGUGAUGAUAAAGAGAGGGGAAUUUCUAAUUCAACCACUGAUAAGAUCAGUGGUAGUGAGAAAGUAAAGCAUGUUGAAUCCUGUUCUCUAAACACUAUACAAGAAUCCAGAAAAGAUUCAUUCAUAUCUGAAACUUAUAAAAGCAGUGAAUCAUAUAAUACUGUAAAAAAUAACAUUAGCGAUCAGCAAAUGGAUGCUAAAUUAAUUUGUUUUAUAGAUACUUCAAAAGAAUCUACUAAAAUAGAAAGAAAUGCAUUUGUAACUGAUAAAGAUAAGAGUAAUGACACGUGUAUUUUAGGGGGAAAUGAUAAUAAUAAACAGCCAUUAGAUGCUAAGUUAAACCGAUGUAUAGACUUAUCAAACGAAUCCAAUAGAAGAGAAAAAAAUUCAUUUAUAAAAGAAACAGAUCGGAACAGUAAAACACGUGGAGUUGUAAAAAAAUUCUACGGCAAAAAAUCGAUAGAUUCUGGAUCAAAAUGUUCUGUGAACACUUCAAACAACUUCAGAGAAGUAGGAAAAGAAUCUUUUAUAGUGGAAACAGAUAAAAUUGGUGAAACCACCUGUUCCAUGGGAAAAAAUAAUAAUGAACAACCAGUAGAAUGUACAAUUAACUCUUUAGAACCAAAUAUGGAUGAAAACAGCUACAAUAUACAUACAUUAGAUGAUACAAACUUGAAACAAAAUAUGGAUAAAAACAGCAAUAAUAUACAGACACUAAAUGAUACAUUAAACUCUUUGGAACAAAAUAUAGAUGAAAACAGCUACAAUAUACAUACAUUAGAUGAUACAAACUUGAAACAAAAUAUGGAUAAAAACAGCAAUAAUAUACAGACACUAAAUGAUACAUUAAACUCUUUGGAACAAAAUAUGGGUGAAAACAGCUACAAUAUACAUACAUUAGAUGAUACAAACUUGAAACAAAAUAUGGAUAAAAACAGCAAUAAUAUACAGACACUAAAUGAUACAUUAAACUCUUUGGAACAAAAUAUGGAUGAAAAUAUCAAUAAUAUACAUAUUCUAGAAGAUAUGUUAAACUCUUUGGAACAGAAGAAAAGUAUAUUGGCUACAAAACAAACCUCACCAAGAUCCAAAAAAAGAAAAGCAUCUUCUGAAAACAGUGUAACUUUUGAUGUUCUAAAUAAUAGUAAAAAACCGAAAACAGAGCUAUUAAAUGUAAAUCUUGCAGAUUCUGUCCAAAAGGAAAGCAAACAAAAUAUCAUUGGUAGCCUGAAUUCUACCGUCAAAAAUAAAUUUAAUAGUUUAAAAGAAGAAACCAUACUUAUUAGUUCUAAAAUUAAUAAAGCAAUAAAAGAAACUCAGCCCAAUGAAGCGUUUGGAAAAUCUAUGUUAGUGUCAGAUCCUUUUCAUGAUUUACCUUGGAAAUAAGUUUCUACUUCAAGAGGUUAUUGUGCAAGCAAAUGAAAAAAAAAAAAUUUAAAGUUCCUUGAUUAUUUUCUAAAACAUGCAAUGUUCUUUGUAGUGAUAUUUUUUUUUGUUGAGAAUUUGCCAUUACAUUGUUACAUUGAUUAUAUUUAUUUGUAAAUUUAGCUGUUGAUAAUUUCAUUAGAAAUGCAAUAAAUCUUUGUUAUGUAGGAUGUUUUUUCUUUACAGAUUUUAAUUAAAAUUUGAUAGCAUUCUAAACUAAAGAUUUUUGCAGUUUUUCUUAAAAGCCUAAAUAUUUUUAUUAUUAAUCAUCAAAUAAUUUUGAGAUAAUAUUAAUUAUCUAAAAUAUUCAAAGUGUCCCAAAAUUCACACAAGAAAUUAUUUUGAUAAAAAAUUUAGAUUUUUAUUCAAAAUGAAGAAUUGUUUAGUGAUUUAAAAAGCAUAUAUUGCAUAAUGUCACCAUAUAGGGAGCCAGCAUAUCAGUAUGCUCUUUUGAGCAUAUUUUCAAUUACUCUUUUUAUAAAUGUGGCUGGAUUUUGUCGAUAUGGUACUCCAUUUCACCCUACAAAGCAGAAGUGGUUGUAGGCUUGUUGGAAUAUAUCUU